CUAUCCUUCGUAUAGUUGACACGUCGAGCGGAAAGAGUGCGUAAAGAGAGGACGGGAUCAGGGAGAUAAAGAUAGAGAAGGGACGGCCGCGCGAUCCUCGCGCUCGCUUGUCAAUCGGCAUUCGCGUUAUUGACGCGCGCGCGGAUAAUUAUCCCCUUUGCGGUGUCCCCGUUCGUGGAGAACUUCCGGUCCACGAUACCGAAGUAUAGUUUUCGCGAAAGGCCGGUUAGUGCCGCGUUAACUGACUUUCGCUUCGUACACGGUGACGUUGCCGUUGAUGAUUCACCGGUGAUCGAUCCGUAGAUCAUCCGAGAAUCGUUCGCGUGGUGAACGCGAGUGAAAUUUGGUGAAAUUAUCUCUCGUGUGCCUAUCGGAGGACGCCGGAGGAGACGAUGCUGACGUUCCUGCUCGCCGCGGCACUCGUUGUCGCAAAAAUCCACGCCACUCAUGUGUCGAUGGACGCCAAGAUACGCGACGACUCCAACUUGUCUCAGUUUUACCAGCUCCUGGAAGGCAAUCAAGUGGCCAACACCACCCUCUCGUAUCGCCACGUGACUGUAUUUGCGCCCACUAAUCGAGCGUUCCAAAAGUACAGCGGGAAUACGAAGAAUCUGGUUUUGUAUCAUAUAUCGAACCGGCCUUUGAAAAUUGAGGUUCUACCGCCUUCGAUAUCCUCCGAGCUGGAGGGCAACCCACCCCUAUGGAUCACCAAGACCAAGGACGGCACAGAAGUGUACAUUAACAAUGCAAAGAUUCUCAUGGAGUACAGCAACUUUGUAUCGAAGCUGAGGUCCCAAAACGGCGACGUUAUGAUUCAGGUUCUGCAUAUUAUAAAUGAAGUACUGGAACCAGUCUAUUCUACUUCGGUUGAGUCACCGAUCUACAAUCCGGAUGCACUGAUGUUUCUGAAUCAGAGCGAGCACCUCAAUUUAGGCGACCAUCGCGUACGUACCUUCCGACAGCGGAUCAUCAUCGAGAAGAAAGAGAGUAUCUACAAGAUCGAGGGUCGUUAUACCUUUUUCAUCCCCGUUGACGAGGGUUUCAAGCCGGUACCGAGGCCGCAGAAGAUUGACUCUCAAGUGAUCGACGGGCAUGUUAUACCCGGCGAGGUCCUCUUCACUGCACCUACGCCAGAAGAGAUUCAAUACCCGACCCUCGCGUUCUCUGAUAAUCUGAAAGUCACCGUCAGCUUUUCAAAGAAGCGCAACAAAGUCUACGUGAAAUCGAACACAAUAACGGGCGACACGAAUCAUCCCACCGGCGCGGUGUUGGCGGAAAUAGUGAAGGCGAACAUCCCGGUGAGAAACGGCGUCGUACAUCUCAUACAACGACCGCUCAUGGUCAUCGACAGCACCAUAAAGGACUUUCUAGAGUCCUUCAAGGGCAUCGAGAAGGAGGACGGGCCGGUGUUCAAGUUUUACGAGCUCAUCCGCGAUUACGGGGAGAACAUCAUGAACAUCAUGAGCAUGAACGCGAAUCGGCCGCAAUACGGCAGCGUGGAUCACGGCGUCACCCUCUUCGCGCCCAACAACGAGGCGCUCGAGCAGAUGAGCGUGAAGCAGAUUCUGCAGGACAAAAGGCGCAUCAAGGAGAUCCUCGAGCUGCACUUCGUCAGGGAGAAGCUGUCCCUCGACAUGAUCAAGAACAGGAGCAUCAGCCUGAAAUCAUCUGCAAGCGGGAAGCAACAGCUCGGGGUACAGACCGUGGCCCAGAAGAAGAAGCUCUACUUCAACGUGGCGCAGGGGCCGAACGGCGAGCAGAUCGUCACCGUGGAGGGCGGCGGCGUGAACGCCACCAUCGUCACCGACAACAUCGCCGCCACCAACGGAUACGUUCACAUAAUCAACAGGGUUCUCGGGGUGCCGUACACCACCGUGCUCGACAAACUCAGAUCCGACCCGAUGCUUAACUCGACCUACUUCCUGGGCCAGCGACGCGGGUUCAACGAUCAGCUGAACGACACGACGAAGCGGUUCACAUACUUCGCCCCGCGCGACUUCGCCUGGAAGAACGCGGGGAUUAGCUUUCCAUCAACCACUAAGAAGCUCUUUAUGCCUGAAUACAGUUACCACACGAAACAGAUCUUGGAGCGACACCUCGUGAUAGCGGAGCAGGCGUACACAAUGGCGAAGCUGAAAGAGAUGAGCAACGAUACCCUUUACCUUCCGGCGGCCAGAGAUAACUUGAAGCUGCGCGUGAGGGAGCAGGGCGAAAAUGAGAAGUACGACGAAAACGCAAUCCGCAAUCCAGAAACAUUCGACUACCAGGUGCAGUGGGACGGCAAGUGGGUCCAGAUCUUCCGUCCGGACGUCGAGUGCACCAACGGCAUCAUCCACGUGAUCGACACCGUGUUUCUCAAGGACAGCGACGUGCGGGUGACGGGCGGCGCGUCGCUAGCCACCCUCGCGCCCCACCUAAUCAUGAUACUGAUAGCCAAGUGGCAGCUGUAAAAACCUCGCCGCCUCGCGCAUCGUCUCGCGUUCGCACAGGUGCGUCUGUAGGAAAUGUCCUCGGGGCCGUCUCGCGAUUGUCCUCGCGCGAGAAACAGCAGCGGCAACAACAAUGGCGACGACGACGACGACGACGACGACGACGACGACGACGACGAAGACGACGAAGACGACGAAGCGACGAAGACG